AUGGCGCAGCCCUUCGUUAUGGCGAGACAGCCUCUUGCAGAGACUGAUAGCAAUGUGAACGUCCUGGGUGCAGCUACCACACGUAUAGAUCUGACAAAGCCUAAGCCCGGCAAAGCCACUAAACGCAAGGCUUCAGAGAUUGAAGAGCCCCAGAAUCUCCCUGAAAUCGACAGUGAUGAUCCACGCCUGCGUUACGUCACUGACAAUUGUGACCAGGUGCGGCGCAAGAUUCGCGCCUACCUUGGCUCCGGGGAGAUGAACGUCGGUGAAUUCGCCAAGGCUGUCGGAUCUAGCAAUAGGUCAUACAAUACAUUUAUGACACAGAAUGGUCCGGACAAGGGCCGUGGCUGUGAUUUCUACUUUGCGGCAUUCCGGUUCUUCAAAAAGCGUGAGUUGCAGGGCCUGAAGAUGCCGAAGAAGAAGGUCAAGAAGGCCGACGAGGACAAGAAGAACGAUGUCUCUGGUAUCCAUCUCGAUGGCGAAGAAGAGGGUGAAGUUCCGAUCUUCGAGACCUGUGACGAGGUUAGAAGGAAGAUCGAAGCCCACCUUCGGGACCCCAACGUUACUCAAGCUGGGUUCUUGCGCGAGAUCGCGAAGACGUUCCCGGAGGAGAGAAAGUUACAAGCACAAAUGUUGCAGACUUUUCUGAGUAAGAAGGGUCCUAGUGCUGGGAAUACCUCUGCGAUAUUCUACGCGUCGUAUGUCUUCUUCGAAAAGCUGCGUCUCCGGGACGGGAGGCCAAAGUCUAAGCACAGGGAGGACAUGGAGGAGAUUUAUCCCAUAGGAUUUGAUCGAAAGAGACGUGACGAUGUUUUCUUCUUACCUGCUGGAGCCUUAGAGGCUCCAUAUGAGGACAAGUACGGUCAGAUACAUUUUCUGUGACGGAUCUAGAUUCGGAUCUAGAUUUGACUAUUGAUAUGGGCGAUAUCUUGAGGCUCAUGAUGUCUAUUGUGCGUUUCUUGGAUGGACAUCUGUUCGGGUUGAGCUUUUUUUCUAUCUUUGUUGCCUUGUACAAUAUUUAUUGUGCUAGUAAUGCAUCCAAGAUUCCCAGGGUGCGUUGCAGUUGUUUAUUCUAUCAAGG